UACAAUAUUUUCAAAAAAUAUAUAAUGAACCGGCCCAAUUAUAAAUGUCUCUCAAAGAAAUCGUUUCUCACAAGAACUUGUGCAUAACAAAAAUAAAAAAUGUUAAAAAAUCUAGACUACAUAAAGAAGAGGGUAGUAAAAUAUUUGAGAAUUUUUCAAGUAUGUAUUGGUGAAUAGGAGCAGUAGUUAAUGAUACUCCACUCAGCAGGGUCAAAUACAAAUUGAAACUGUAAAUACUUUUGAAGUUUAGAGUGCUGAGUGCUGAGUGCUGAGUGCUGAGUACUGAUUCUUCAUCUUCAUCAAUGGGUUCUGUUUCUGGGUUAUCACAUGAAGUUACUCUCCAGACCAUCAAUCCCAAGGUCUUGAAAUGUCAAUAUGCUGUUCUAGGAGCAAUCGUUGCGCAAGCUGAGAGGUUGCAAGAACAAUUGAAGCAGCAACCUUCAUCUCUAUCCUUUGAUGAGAUACUUUACUGUAAUAUUGGAAGUCCCCAGGCUCUUGGGCAGCAGCCAAUAACGUUUUUCCGCGAAGUCCUUGCUCUUUGUUAUCAUCCAGACAUUUUGGAUGGAAGUGAAACACAGGGACUCUUUAGUGGUGAUUCAAUAAGGAGAGCUUUGCAGAUCUUAAAUCAAAUACCAGGAAGAGCUGUUGGUGCUUAUAGUAUGACUCAGGGUAUUAAAGGUCUGCGUGAAACAAUUGCUGCAGGAAUUGAAGCACGUGAUGGUUUCCCAUCCAAUGCAAACAAUAUUAUCUUGACUGAUGGAGCAACCCCUGCAGUGCAUAUGAUGAUGCAAUUACUACUCAGAUCAGAGCAAGAUGGAAUUCUUUGCCCCAUUCCAUUAUACCCUUUGUAUUCAGCUUCGAUUGCUAUUCAUGGUGGAACUUUGGUUCCUUACUAUCUUGAUGAAGCAACUGGGUGGAGUUUGAAUAUUUCAGAGGUCAAGAGCCAAUUAGAAACUGCUCGGUCAAAGGGUAUAACAGUUCGAGCUUUAGUUGUGAUCAACCCCGGAAACCCAACUGGACAAGUUCUUGCUUUGGAGAACCAGAAGCAAAUUGUUGAAUUCUGUAAGAUAGAAGGUCUUGUGCUUCUGGCAGAUGAGGUUUACCAGGAAAAUGUGUAUGCUCCCGACAAGAUUUUUUACUCAUUCAAGAAGGUUGUUCGUUUUAUGGGGUACCAAGAGAAGGAUAUCGCCUUGGUAUCAAUUCAUUCGGUUUCUAAAGGAUAUUAUGGAGAAUGUGGGAAAAGAGGAGGUUACAUGGAAGUUACAGGUUUUAGUGCUGACGUUAGGGAACAAAUCUGCAAAAUUGCUCAUGUCUAUCUGUGCUCGACCAAUAUAACUGGUCAGAUUCUGACUAGCCUCGUCAUGAAUCCGCCUAAGGCUGGAGAUGCAUCUUACGAACUGUAUUCUGCCGAGAAAAAUGGAAUCCUUUCAUCCUUGGCUAGGCGAGCGAAGACACUAGAAGAUGCAUUCAACAACUUAGAAGGCAUGACUUGCAACAAAGCAGAGGGAGCCAUGUACCUAUUUCCGCGCAUAAAUCUUCCCCAGAAGGCAAUAAAAGCCGCUGAAGCUGUGCACAUUACGCCUGAUGCAUUCUAUGUCAGUCGUCUGCUUGAAGAGACUGGAAUUGUCGUUGUCCCUGGAUCUGGAUUUGGUCAGGUUCCGGGCACUUGGCACUUCAGGUGUACGAUUCUGCCACAAGAGGAUAAAAUACCGGCCAUUGUUGAGCGUGUAACAACAUUCCACAAGAAGUUCAUGGAUGAGUUUUAUGAUGAGAACGUUUGACAUACCAUUCUAUGUUGAUGAAUGCUAACAAGUUUGAUCAUGCUGAAUAUGAAUGUAGGUUUCUAUGUCAUUGUUGGAGAGGUAAUUGUUUAGUUUUGUGGAUACAAGAUUUGCUUGGUUCAGACUACACUAAUUUAUUUGGAAUAGUAGCAAAAUAUCUACCAUAAUUUAGAGAAUUAGAGUGAAGUCUUAAUGUCAAAAAGGUCAUAAAUAUAAUGGUGAUGAUUCAAGCAAAAGAAAACAAAGUUAUGAGAUGCAGGCAAGCCCACAUGCUCAACCUGGUCGAGCAUAAGUGGUUCAUCGAGUGGGCUCCACGCUCUACUUUUUCUAAAUUUUCAAAGGUCGUGACUAUGGGCUUCAUUAUGCAGUUUUGCUCUGCCAAGUUGAUUACUCUUAUGACUCGCAUUUGCAUGAAAAAAUGAUGAUGUAUAAGGGUUUCAAGCCGGAUUGCUCAAAUUUUCUCGAUGCUUGCUCGAGUGCUGGUGCUCUUGACUAUGGAAAACAAUAGCAUAAUCAUGCUUUCAAAGUUGGGCUCUCACAAACUGUUGUUACAUGUUCACUAAAUGAUCAUUAAAUAGAACGGAUACGAGCACUACUCAUACAUGGUUAAUCUCCUGUCUUGAACUGGUUUCCUAGAAGAAGCAAUGGCUCUACUUGAGCAAGUGUCACCUAAAGAUGCAACUAUGUGGUCUUGGGUGCUGCGAGCCGAGAGGGUUUGUGGCCCAUACAAGCAAGAAUCUGGACAAUUACCGCCAAUGUGGCUGAAAUCAUAAAUUUGUACUCCCUCCAACUCAGUACUAAUGUCGCCUUUCUAUAUUAGGUAAAGUAACUAUUUGUUGGUAAAUUUUUGGAUGUUUCCAAAAGUUGCAUGAUUAGAAUAAAAGCCAAAUAGGUGGCAUCAUCUCAACACCGUUUCUUUCAAACAUUUUCAUAGGAGCUUGGCCAAUCAAUUGCAUACAAGAUGAGGUUUUUGAAGAUCAGUCAAGAGGUAUAGUUUGCUAUAAAGAUGAUAGAGGGGAGAUUAUAUGUGAAGGUUUAGAUGAAGGUCCUCGCCUUCUUCCUCAUUAUCAGCCAACACCUUUACCUUCUUCAAGG